AUGAGUUCGAUUGAGGUUGACAAGGCAACAAUAGAGCCGCGCUGUCUCCAGCUUUUUACCACAAUUGAAUCCAAAUUCAAAGCCUCCAAUAUCGACAGCGAGAAGUGGUACCUCACAGCGUUAAGUUCCAUCUCGACAACCCCGGAAUCCCACUUUGCUGGCCAACUGUACCUAUAUCUGAUAAGCCAACAUGUCUACUCGACGACCACCGAACGCCAGAAGCUGAUUCGACGCAUGCGGGAGGUGCUAUUCAAGAACAUUGGUCUGCUAGGGCUUCCAAAGCCCACUGAAGCCCUCAUUCAUAUUACCAAGCUUUUGUCCGACGAAGACUCUGAGUACUCAUUCAGCAGAGAAGGAUGGCAAUGUGACGAGGGAAACCAUGCGCGUGGUAUGGGAUGGUUGGAGACACUGUACGCGCAGAAUACCACAGCGCUGUUUGAGUUGUUCAAGAAACAUCGGGACUUUGGGUUUUGGGUCGCAGAUAUCACCUAUGGGUUGCUCUUGUCCGACCGCCAGAUUCUAGACGAUGUGGACACUGAGAUGGUUGUUUUGCCGGCCGUCAUGGGCCAAAACCUCCCACGAGAAACAUACUGGCACAUCCGAGGAACCAGGCGAUUGGGAAUAUCUAAAGAGGAUGUUCGCAUGGUUCUGGAGUGUAUCCAUUUGGUUGCUGAGUCUGGUGGUGUAAACUUGAAUCGCGUGCCUACUGUGGAUGCCGUAGACGCGGAUCUCUAG